AUGGAGUUGCCUAUGAAGAAUGUGCAAUAUAGAAUAAGAACACAAAACCUAUCAUUCAAGUUGUUGUGUCCCAAAUACAUUGAGUUUGAUCCGUUGGCUUGUUGGGAGGAAAACAAAGAGUGUGAGAAAUAUAUUUUAAGAAAUGUCAACAUGGAGGCAAAUCCAGGUGCAAUAACUGCCAUUGUUGGUCCAAGCGGAGCCGGAAAAACCACUUUGCUCGAGAUACUUGCCGGAGUCAUCACUCCGACGACUAAUCAUGUUCUUGUAAAUGAACUUCCGAUGAAUAGUGUGCACUUUCGUAAGAUCUCGGGAUAUGUGACCCAAGAUGAUGCGCUUUUUCCUCUCCUCACCGUUCGUGAGACGCUUAUGUAUAGUGCCCGCCUCAGACUCGAAGGAGGGACAAAAAGGUCUUUCGAUAGAGUGACAGAGCUUAUAAAGGAAUUAGGGUUAGAGCAUGUGGCUAACGUACGAAUCGGAAGUGAUUCGAGACGUGGAAUCUCGGGUGGAGAGAAGAGGCGAGUGUCUAUUGGGGUUGAUUUGGUUCAUGACCCUUGUGUUCUAUUACUUGAUGAACCAACGUCGGGACUAGAUUCAUCAUCGGCUCUCCAUGUGGUUUGUUUGCUCAAGUCAAUGGCUAAGAGCAAAGGUAAAACAAUAGUUUUAACCAUCCACCAACCGGGAUUCCGAAUCCUAGAUCUUCUUGAUCACUUUGUGUUGUUAUCGGAGGGUAUCCUUAUCCAUCAUGGUUCAUUGGACAUGUUAAACGAACGGAUCAAGCAUCUAGGUUAUUGUAUUCCUCGUCAAGUUAGUGCCAUUGAGUUUGCUAUCGAAGUCAUUGAUGCUUUUGUUGAUCUUGAGAAGGGAGUAGUACAAUUUUUUAAUGAAAGUAAACAAGAACGAUGUGAACUAAGAGCGAAUCAUGUCGAUGUUAUCGCGUAUCACAAUUCCAUAUACUACGAGGUGUUAAUUUUAAGCCAAAGAUUCUCGAGAAACAUAUUCAGAACUAAUGAGUUAUUCGCUGCGAGAAUCCUACAAGCUUUACUAGUUGGGAUCUUAAUUGGGACCAUAUUCACAAAUAUGAACAAUGGAGGUCCUAAUAGGUUUAAGCUGCGAGACGAACUCGGAUUCUUCGCCUUCACCCUCACAUUUCUGUUGUCAUCGACCACAGAAGCAUUACCAAUCUUCUUGGAAGAGAGGAGAAUCAUGACGAGGGAGACUUCAAGAGGCGCAUAUAGGAUUUCAUCCUAUGUCAUCUCCAAUGCUCUCAUUUUUCUUCCUUUCCUUCUAAUAAUAGCUCUUCUAUACUCGAUACCCGUUUAUUGGUUAGUGGGGCUCAGGCGAAGCGUGGAUGGGUUCCUAUAUUUCUCUUUAGUCGCUUGGUUGGUGGUUUUGAUGUCAAAUUCUUUUGUCGCAUUUUUCAGUGCUCUAGUUCCUAACUUUGUGACCGGAUAUUCCAUGAUCGCGGGUGUCAUGGGUGCCUUCUUUCUCUUCUCGGGGUAUUUCAUUGGGAAAGAGGAUAUUCCAAGGUAUUGGCUUUUCAUGCAUUACUUGAGUUUGUUCAAGUACCCAUUUGAAUGUUUGAUGAUCAAUGAAUAUGGAGGUGAUCAUGGCAAAAAUAAGUGCUUGCAAGUAGAGUUAGGACAAUGCCUACUAAAUGGAGAAGGAUUUUUAAUGCAACAAGGAUUGAAAGAGUCACUCAAGUGGAGAAAUGUAGUUGUGAUGCUAAUUUUCAUUAUAGGGUAUAGGUUGCUUUGUGCUAUGGUUUUAUGUUAUAGGAAUCAUAGAACAAGAUGUUAA